AUGACCACCAUCAUUGAUGGUUUCUUUAAUAGUAUCUCGACUCGAUUCAUUUGCAAGACAGUUGCGGCUUGCCAUAAUAUCGAUCACCCUGUGGUAGCUUUUUUAUUGGAGAACAAACAUUGUCUACCAUCAGACGUGAAAUAUGAAAUUGAUAUUAAAAGACACGGUAAUUGGAAGAGCAAUUCUGUACCAGACAGAUAUCAAGCAGUCAAUGCAAACACAGCAACCAAAACUGCCCUCAAAAUUGGUGAAAAACUUGUUGAAACAACAAACAUCCAACAAAAGCAAAAGAAUCAAUUUGAAAAUAUAGAAAUUAAUCCAUGCAAAAUGUUCACAAAUUCCUUUUUGGAUUUUUUAAUGGAGGAUCUGCGUCUCCUGGAAAACGCUAUUUGCAACUCAGUUAAGGCUGUUCCACACUCAGUUGAGGCUGUUCCACUUUGUGACCGACUUGAUCUUCGGGCCUCCUCUCACGAUCACCCAUCGCAUAUGAGCAAUGCGCAGCACUUCAGUUUUGCUUUUGGUUUUGAUUCUAAUUCGUUCUUUGCAAGAUUUAAAUAUCUUGAUCCCUGA